GUACUCUUAGUUUGCAAAACAUUUGAAGUACUAAAAUAAUGUGGGAUAGGGGUUGUGGUGGGCAAGACAAACGGUAGGUACUGCAGACACUUCAUUUGCAGUUCUCAAAACUGUAAAGAACAAAGAGCAUGGAGGGUAAAGGAGAGCUAGGCUUAUUUGUUUUGGGAUGUCGUGUUCGUCUGCAGUGUACCAGUGGAAAUCGAUUUGUGCAGGCAAGACUACGAAUACAGGAAAAGGGUGAGGAAGCAGGCAAGACCAUUAACCAUACAUAGCAGGCAUGGAGGAAGAGAACGGAAAGACACCAGAGGGAAAAAACUGAGAUAAAUAGAAAUUGCAAUAUGGAGACCUGAUAGUGGCCACCCAACAUGGCAAAUCAUAUUUCCUCUGGUUUUACGAGGCUCGCUCCCAGGCCCUGUAAGGUUUGCAACCUUUAAUGUUCCAUAACACCAUGCUUUUAAGGUAGCACUGUUUUCUUAGACGGUUGCCAUAGCAACAAUGUCAUGCCAAAGUGUAGCGGCUUACAGAAGUGUGAGGCCUGGCGUGGUGCCAGGCUAGUGAACUGCUUCCCCAGGCCAACGCAAGCAGACAGGGGCCUUGAUUGCACUCAGGUAACGACAACAAUCAAGCCGGGUAGGCCUGCACCAGAAAUAGCUGGCAGACGGCUGAGCAGACAGAGAAAGCACAGAAGGGGACAGAGGCAUGGGGAUGAUAAACUGAACUAACACUGGUAGGAUGUGCACAGCGAAUGUCUCCCAUUUGUUUCAUGAGGCCAGUCUGUUCUGACACCUAAGUCAAAUAUAAAAUGUGCAUGGUUUUCACAUUCGGGUGCACAAGCUGUAUCCCUAAGCCCAGAAAGAAAGUGGAGACACGUUAUGCAAAUUCAAAAACACUUGUGAUAAAACCUCGGUUUUCAUACGUAUAAAACGGCUGUCUGCGUCUACAGCAGCUGGUGGGGAUAGCAGUGCCCUGCCUGCCUGGUUUAGCCCCUCCCCCCUGCACUCUGCAGUGCUGAGGCAUCCCUCUGUGUUCCCAUCCAUCAGCAGCCUCUACAAAGACGAACCCACUGUCCUCCUCUCCUCCAGCUCUCUCCUCAGUCCUUUUUUCUAACUUUGAAAGUGCACAGAUGCAGGCGAGAUAAAUAAGCUAUAUGUAGUCGCCGAUAUCUCAUUGAUCAUGCUGCUAUAUACAAACAAGAGCAUAGCAGGCUAAUUGUGUUCAUGAGGCAACGCACUGCAAUGUACACAGACGUGCUGACAAAGAGCGAGAGAGUGUUUGAGUGUACACGGUAGCACAAAGAGAAAGCGCCUGUGUGCAUAGGCAUGAGACAGAUGGCGAGUGUGAUGUGACGUGUUUGAAAGUGAGCUACAGAUCCAGCUUCCCUGUAAGAUACAGUAUGAAUGGUGUCGGUGUGGAGGUCGAGCAGAAAUGUGAUUGUGGGUGCGCUUUGUAGUAUGGUUGAAGUUGUAUCGCUGUAACCGAGCUAGCAGGCGUGCAGCCUAGGCGUUUUCUCUGAUCUGUGCAGCACGGCGUAGGGGUGUGUGAUGUAGCACUGAGCCGCUCUGUCUUACCGUCCUCAGCCAUGCUUAAUAAAGUUGCCGUUUCCUGCUUGGCGACUGCAGAGUAGAUGCCGCUGGACUCAAGUUGCCCGGGCAGCAGAGAGGCAGCAGACAGACCCAUAGUCCAAUCUAGCUAUUUUUAAACGUUAAUGUGGGAAUCCUGUGGUCAAUGGUCUGAGAGCUGGGGCAAGCCAGGACAGGACUGGGUGGAAGAGGAGAGAGCGGCGUACUCGACCAGGACCUAGGGAGAGGCAAAGGACGUGGACGUUGGCGCUGGAGUGAGCAGCGUAGAAAGAGAGAGGGAGGGAGUGAGAGAGGGAGAGGCAAGAAAGACAACAGCGAAAGCUCUGCCUCUAACGGCACCACUGGGCAGCGACAAGUCUAGAAAAAAAGUGUAUACUUUCGCCUUCCUUUCAAAGUUUUACAAAAAUUCUUCUGUACAGUAGAGGGGACACUGUGUAAUGUUUUUGGUUCGUCUUCUGUGUCAUUUUCUCUGAUUCGCAAAGAUGACGGUGGCGUCUCCCUGCACCCAGGGCCUGGUGGACAGCUCCCAUCCCCAGGCGCUCCUCAGCAGGCUCAACGAGCAGCGCUCCCAGGGCCUCUUCUGUGAUGUCACCAUUGUGGUGGAGGAUGUAAAGUUCCGGGCCCACCGGAACAUCCUGGCUGCCUGCAGCGGAUACUUCCGCAGCGCCUUCACCUCCCCUGAGGUGUGGACUUCCAGCCAGGUGCUGGAGCUCAUGGACCUGAGGUCUGAGGUGUUUGCCAGCAUCCUCAACCUCAUCUACUGUUCCAAGGUGACAUCAUCACCUAGCACAGAGGACACUAGAUGCAUGAUGGCAGCUGGAAAAAGACUGGGGAUUCCCUUCUUAGAGAAACUUGUGGAACAAGACAGGAAGGACUCAGGUGGGCCAAAGAUCCAGACCUCAACCAACCCUGUUAAGACCACAGGCCGUAGUAAGGCCCGUGGGCCCCGUAAAGCGAAGGAGAAGAACUCCAGGCCAGAUCAGCCAGACAGUGCAAGAGGCCCGCGGAUCACCAAUGCUUUCUCUAUCACUGAGGUGGGUCCCGGGAAUAACCUCUUCACCCCACUAGACCUGCACAGUGGGAAGAAGCAGUCACCUGACCUUGGACAGACCCCAGCGGGCUGCCCUGCCCCCUUCCCCCUCGCGGUGGACAAUGAGCCCAUGCAGGCGCUGUCGGAGCACUCCUACGCAGUCAUCAGCCAGGGACCCAGGGCAACUGAGUACAGGGCUGGCAACCAGGAGGACAACAAGAAGGGCACCAAACCCACACAGUCCCAAUCAAGGCAACUGACCAACAGGAAUAGUGUCCCACUCAAAAAGCGACACAGACUACGAGCCGCUUUGAAUAAAAGCACACCUCCAACACUGGCUGUAGCACUUGAACCUGUGCAUCCUACUGGAAGCAGCCCGGCAUUAAUUAAGCCCACUGUACAACCUGUGGGAACGUCACCCCCAUCAUUAUACCCGCAGACAGAUGUGCAUACAAGCAGGGCCAAUGAGCUGCCUCUAGCCAUGGAUAAUGGCUACAGGGAACUGGACCCACCUCCACUUUCACCCCACACAGAAGAUAGCAUAUCAAUCUAUGGCUGUGAGCACUGUCCAGAGAUAUUCACCAAUAAAGCACUUCUCACAGUACACACAGAAAUGCACAAAAAAAGGUUUGUCAGUCAUUUGUUUUGCAAGUUUUGUCACAGGAAGUUCAUGCAUUUGAAGCGGUUGCGGAACCACGAGACGGUGUGCCCGAAAGCACAGAGGGGCUCGCCUGAACACGAGCCCCAAGGCAAAGAGGACGGAGCAGACCAUUAUUCAGACAGCAUGCCAAGCAUGGACAAUACAGUAACUAAUGUCCAGUUAUCUCUUCCUGAACUCCCUGACCCUUUCCCUCCAACCAGCCUCCAAAUGAACCCCACCUCAAAAACACUGCAGGCUGUAGAUAGGUUAGUGAAACCUAGUGGAGGCCAGAGGGUCUAUAACUGCAGUGUGUGUAAACGGGCAUAUGUGACCGUCUCCAGCCUGAAGCGCCACGAGAAUGUGCACUCCUGGCAGAGGGCGUACCCCUGUCACUACUGCAAUAAAGUGUUUGCCCUAGCCGAGUAUCGCACCAAACACGAGAUCUGGCACACAGGUGAGCGUCGCUACCAGUGCAUCUUCUGCUUAGAGACCUUCAUGACCUACUACAUCCUAAAGAACCAUCAGAAGGCCUUCCACGGAAUCCAUCCCAGAUUGUCUGUGAAUAAGAAGUCAGCAAAUGGUGGAUUUAAGGGCAGCGUUUACCCCGUCAAACUCUACAGGCUUCUGCCUAUGAAGUUUAGAAAGAGACGGUACAAGACUUACAGUCAGACCUAUUCAGAGGAGCUGGAGGGCAGCGAGCAGGCCCCACUGGGAUGCAGCUCUCCCAUCCUUCCAUUUGAAGAUGUAGGCGCUAUGGGUAAGCAAGAUGCUGCUUUAUUCUCAAUGCCUGUGACAUUCAUGGCCACUCCAAAAGUGGUAGCAUCAGUAAUGCCACGCAUCAGUUUUGAUCAGCCCUGUCACCAAGAUGUAGACCAAGAUGCAGACCAAGAUGCAGGCACAGGAAAACAGGCCUCUCACUCCAAACAUAAUGUGCCUCCAUAUGGCUAUACAACCCCCUUGGCCAUAAUGCAGGCAGGUGGGGAGUCCCCUGCACUGGACUAUGGAGAUGGUGCCGCAUUCCAAGGGUUUAAGAACCCGGAGGGCAACAGUCAUAAUCUACCGUUCCUAAAAAUCAACCCACCCAGCUCUCUGAACAGGCUAUGUGAGCUCUCUGCUGCAGCACAGAAAAUUGAAGCCAUGACCAGUCAGCUUUUUCUGCCAGGGGCUGAGAGCCUGGUCACUAGCAAGACUGCAGGGGGGGAAACUGAAACAUACAUUGCCACGCCUGCGUGUCCAGGUCCCUCCGUGGAUGGUCAUGUUCUGCCACUCUGCCAGAUCACAGUGAAAAUUGGCAACGAGGCCAUCAUUCGCCGGAGGAUCAAGGGCUCCAAGCUGUUCCCCAGGAAGAGAAAAAUAAGCAGUGGGAGCCAGGUAGAGGAGAGGUGUCGGGACCAGGGCCGGCCUGCAGAGGGCAGCAUGGAGAGCUCCAGCCUCCGCUUCAGGACAGAGGUCACUUCUGUCAUUGAGCCAGAGCCAUGCGAUGACCACACUGACCGUGACACAGCUGACAAGCUCUGGCGUCCCUAUUACUCUUACAAACCCAAGAAGAAGAGUAAGAAACUGAGAUCCAAACACAGAAAAGAGAGACGUCGUCUACGCUAUUCCAUGACAUCCUCAAUAGUGCCCAGGGCCAGAAAAGACUACGUGGAUAAAGGAUGCAGAAGGGCUGAAGAGAGCAUCUCCAGCGAGGGCACAGAGCUGAAACAACGUCUCAGAAACACCAGCCCAAAGACGACGUACACCUGUGACAUCUGUGCAAGCACUUUCAUAACGGCAUCGGGUCUGAGAGCACAUGUCAUUGGCUGCCACCCAACUUUCUGUCGGACCUGCGCAAAGCAGUGUCCCCCCAGGGAAACCUCCAGUGCCAGCUGCGAGGCCACUGAGGACAGCAGGGAUUACAUAUGCAAGAGCUGUAUGGAAAAUGGCUCCUGCUUUGACAACUGUGCUCGCAGCUCCAGCACAGAGAAGCGGUAUCGCUGCUCCUUCUGCCCCCAGCGCUUCCUCUACCUCGCAACCAAGAAGAGCCAUGAAAAAAAACACAAGGAGACAGCAGGAAAGGGGUACAGCAACGACAACUACCCCACAGUCCCAAAACGGCCAGCAACUUUGGACUUAGGCCUAAAUCUGAAAAAGCUUGUCAUCAAAACUGAGGAAGGGGAGGAUCAAUAUAGCAUCGACAAGGAGAGCAAAGUGCCAGCGGGAUCACUAGGCAGGUUCUCAACAGAGAAGAUAGAGCCUAAGCAUGAGGAAUGGGAGGACACGGGUGACUACAUGUCAGUGGCGCCCAAAAAAGAACAUCGAUUUAGAAUAAACAGUGAUGGACACUAUCAGAAAGAGAGAAACUCCAACAUGAAAACUCCGAUGUCACCCCCCUGCACUGACACCUUUUCUCUUUCCCCUUCAGAAAAGCAGGAUAGAAAGUCUAAAAAGCGCUUUGAACACAAACGGCAACAUCAGAAAAGCCUCACUUCCAAAAGGCAGAAGCAAGUAGACUUUAUGGGUAGAGAGACACCCAGUCAAAAGGCCCCUCUGACCACACCAGGAGAAGACAGUCAUUUUAGCUAUGGGCAGUCUUCUUCUACACAUCUGAAAAGAGAUUCCGUCACUAGGGGAACCACUCGCUCCUCGCCCAAGUCAGAGAAGUGUACAUACAGUGUAAAGAGGAGUCCUUUUAACAAAGAUAAUACUUAUCAUUCAGGAGGGAAAUACUUUUAAGUGACUAUAUGCCUAUGCAGUAAGUUGCAGACCAACAGUAAAAUACAUAUGUCAAUAUGCUGUGCUUGAUAUAGGUUAGUUUGCCCAAAAUAAUGGACCCAAACUAAAUCAAGCGCACCUCAAGUACUUUGAAAACAUAAUUGGAUUAUUAUGUUUUUGACCCGGGUCUGGAAAACAGAUAUAAUAAGUUGCCAAUGAACAGCAGAUAUUGAAUAUGAGGACCUAUGUCAAUUGCAUUUUCUUCAUUCUUAUAACACAAAUCUUUUUAAAAAAGGGGAUUUAUUUUUGUACUUUUUUCUUUGCUUUUUGAGACUUUCAUAAUGAUUGUGCGGUCCAUAUUCUAUACAUAUGCUAACUGUGCAUAGUUAUUUGCACUUUAUAGUAAUUCACAUUUUUGACUUUAUAGGCUACCAUUCAUAUAAAUAGUCUGUCCACCAAUGACAGCACCACAUGCACCAUCAAAAUGAAUGAGAAUCCCCAUGUGUGUCUUUCAAAAUAAUAUACAUGACGUGUUAAAGUUGACAGACUGACAAGUUGACAAACUGACAAGUUGACAAAAUGCAGUUUGUGUGUCAGAGGGAAUAACUCAUGAAUGAACAAGUAGAUCAUGACAAGAGGAGAGCACACAUGCCUGUUUUGAUAUUCACGUGUCUUGGGUUAUUUAGAUAAAUAAACAAUCAACCUGU